AUGCCAAACGAACCCGAAACCGCAACGCUCCUGGAAUGGAUCAACAGCAUCCCCCUGGGCACGUCCAUCCAGUCCUCGAACGAUUUAUACGACGGCGUCAUACUCUGGGAGAUCCUGCAGGACAUCGACCCCCACGAGUUCCUGGGCGUGCUUCCAGAGAGCUCUCCAGAGGACCACUGGGUGCUGAGAUGGCAGAAUUUAAAGCACCUGCACAAAUUGUUGCUGAAUUAUAUACGGAGUCGAUACGAUGGAGAGAUACCUGCCGGCCUCUCGACGGACCCGGACCUCAAGUCGAUCGCCGAAACGGCUUCGACUAAGGAGACGAACAGGCUGCUGAAGCUAUUUCUUAUGGCUGCCAUCAGAUCCCCUGGAGCCGAGUCAUAUAUCGAACGAAUGGUACAACUGUCGACGGCGACACAGGAAGGAUUGAAGGAUAUAAUAGAAGAAGCCCAGAACCCCACACAAGACCGUCUCGAUCAAAUAAACUAUGAGCAGGAUGAAUACAAGGCACGACGUGAUGUGGCCAUGGACCCCGAGCUACAGUUUGAGGAGCGUGUGGGAAAAUUACUCGUCGAGAACGAUAAACUGUCCAAUGAGAAGAAGCAGCUGGAGAAGGAUAUACAGGAAUUCCACCGCAAGGAUGUACGCCUUCGAGAAGCUAACGAGGUGCUGCAGGAUAAGCUCAACAUCACCGAGGACCGGUUGGCGAGGCUCAAGUCUGGCAAAGCCGAUAUUGGACCGAAUUUCAAGGGCUACGAACACAGGACACAGGACAUAAUUGCUGCGCAGGAGACUAAACUUACAGCUGCCCAGGAUGAAAUUGACAGUCUACGGAUAUCGCUGGAGACCCUUCGUGUUAAGAAUCAGAAGUAUCAGACUUUACAGGAUGAAUACGAUGAGAUCAAGAUCGAGCGAGACCAGCUAGCUAGGAAGGCCAACGCGGCUGAAAAAUACAGACAGAAACUUCAAGCCAGCCAGGAUUACGAGAAGGAAAACCAAGUGUUGAAGAAUAAAGUCAAGGAUCUCCAGCAACAUUUGAAGGAAAGUGAUACGCUGCAACGGGUCUCUGCGGCACGUGAGGCAGAGGUUGAGAACUACAGACGACUUGUCGCACGUGUUGAACAGGACCGACACGAGAUUCAAGACCUGAAGAAGAAACUGGAGUUUGAUAACCAUGCCCUUACUGAGCGACUACUCGGCGCCGAAGAACAGCGUACUCGGGAUGAAGAUACAAUUGGUAGACUGCAGGAAAGGAUACGAGAGCUGGAAGGCCUUGAUAGCCCGGCAUCUCCCAGACCAUCUACCCCCAAGGACGAAGGCUCCAGCCUGGAAAGGGACCUGGAAGAAAGUGGGAAGCGAGAAGCCCAACUUAAUGCCGAGAAUGAGGAGCUCAAGAAGAAACUCGAAACCAUUGCGUCUGUUGACAAGGCUAUGCCUGAGACAACCGACUACGCUGAGGCCGAUGCUGCAGAGAAGAAAUGGAAAGAAGACUUCUACAAGUGCCCACUUGAGACGGACAGCGAAUUCAAGGAAGCUCACCAACGCUUGCACCUCGAAUAUACCCUCGUACGGACCAAGAUUGUCGAGCUUGAGGGCCUUCUUGAAGCCACCAAACUUCAGCUCUCCGAUGCUAACAUGAAGUUGAGCCUUAUCAGCAAGGAUAAACUUGAAAUGGUGAACGAAGUGGCGGAAGCUAACGCAGUAGAACAAACCGCAUUACGAGAGAAAUGUGCGGUCCUCGCAGUCACCGUCCGAACCCUCACCAGCCAACUCGAAGUUAGACGAUUGCAGCUUAGCGAAGUCUCUCGGGAGCGAGACAACCUCAGAAUCACAUUCAAACAGUCCGAUACCAAACUUACUACCGAAGGGGAUGCUUCUCUCGUGGAAAUGAAACAGCUCCUUGAAGAGGCCAAUGUCCGCGUCAAUGAUACGGCGGAUGAUGAUAUGACAAAUGAAUUCUUGGAGAGACUUGCAGAGACGACUGAGCGCAGUGCAGAACAUCUCGCUAGGAGAGCUGAGGUCAAGAGCCUCGUCGAGCUCUGGCAUUGGUCCCUCCUCUUUGCAGGUCUCAUAUAUGCCUAUGACGCUGUUAACCCUGGCGCCUCCCUAAUGUGUUACAUCGGCAUGUUCAUGAACCCCGAGUUCGGAUCUUGUGGCUAA